AUGGUUUCAAAUAUCGAUAAAAACAUCAAAGCUAAACUGGAUCCUAUCAGGAGAUUAGUUCUUCGACUUCCAACUAAUGCUCCUCUCGCAGUGCAAGUGUUGCAAGGGGGAGAAGGUGGUAGUUGUUUGUCGAAAUAUGAAACUGAAGGUUUAGGGGCAGUUGUGGGUAAAUUCAUAAGUAAUCAAAUUCCAACAUCCAUUCCGAAGAAGCCGAUAAGUUCUUUCUAUACUUCAACAACAACUACAACAACAAUGAAAACAGUCCCAAAAGGAAUCUCAAUAAAAGAAGGAGCAAGAGGAUCAAAUCUUCCAAUCAUCAAGGAUGUAUUGGAGAUUGCUAAUGUAUUAAACAGCAAAUGGAAGAGGCAAGUGGAAUUAAUGUACAUAAUCACCUAUGAGAUUCUUUUCGGACAGGAUUCAUCUCUAACAGGAGAUCCAGAAAAGUACCUUAUUUUGAGGAAAAGUCAACUACAGUCAGCUCUUGCAAAGAUCUUAUUAAAGAAGGGAGCAAAACGUAUAGAAGAUUUAAUGUCCCAAUAUAAGAUUCCCGCAGAUGUUAAAAAACCUCGCUAUGUUCGUGUCAAUACUCUGAAAUUGGAUGUUGAAACUGUUGUGUCUGAAUUAAGCAAAGAUAAUAUGGUCGAGAAGGAUGACAUGAUUCCCGAUUUAUUAGUGCUUCCACCAGCUACAGAUUUGCACAAUCAUCCUUUGGUCACAAACGGAAGUGUAUUUAUGCAAGGUAAGGCAAGUUCCAUGGUUGCAGUUGCCCUUGGGCCUAAACCAGGGUGGGAAACAUUAGCCUCCGAAGGGGAAGUUGUUGACGAUUUGUUUUCUGCUUAUAUGAAUCUUGAAAAUCUUGACACAUUAAACUCUUCUGGAACUGACGAUAAACAAGGAACUGAGAAUCGUGAAGAUUUAGAUAGUCGAGCUAGUGGAACAAAAACAAAUGGAGGUGAUAGCAGUGAUAAUGAAGCUACAAGUAGUGUUAAUGAUAAAGGGAUUAAACGGAGUGCAGGUGGAGACAUUGCUCCAACAACAAGGCAUUAUAAAAGUGUGUCAAUGGAUAGUUUUAUGGGGAGGAUGAACUUUGCUGAUGAAUCACCUAAGCUUCCUCCUUCUCCUGGAGGGCAUAUUGGUCAAUUAUCCCCAAAUAAUUCAAUCGACUCAAAUUCAAAUACAAAUACGUUUAGUUUGGAGUUUGGAAAUGGUGAGUUUACAGGGGCUGAGCUCAAGAAAAUCAUGGCUAAUGAGAAACUUGCAGAGAUUGCUUUAUCUGAUCCCAAACGAGCCAAAAGGAUUUUGGCAAAUCGACAAUCUGCUGCAAGAUCAAAAGAGAGGAAAAUGCGUUACAUUACAAAAUUGGAGCACAAGAUUUCUCUGUUCGGAUCUUCUAAUUUCUCAUUUCUACUGCUUCAUGGAGUAGAAGCUAUGUGUGCUGAGCUUAUGCAAUUACAUGCUGGUAUUAAGGAGUUGACUUCUACUCGCCAAACAAUUACUAGUCAAGUUCAGGGUAUGACUCAAGAUCUUGCCGGAGCUACUGUUGACCGGAAGCGGGAUAAUUUGGGAGAAAGGGUUAUGUCUUUAGCUUUUGAUGUUAUAUCUCGACUUCUAGAAAUAGCCCCAGGAUGGAGACUUGUUUCACCACUUUUCAUCUUUGCUGUAGUCUGCAAUUUUUCCAGCAAUAGUAAUGAAUGA